UUUUAUUUUUUUAGCGACAUAAAUCAAACUUAUCUCGAUGAAAAAUGAUCCCUUAUUGAUUACCUACUUGCUCUUGUACCAGUGACCAGUAACAGUGAAUUCUUUUGAGGAGUUGUCGGUGCAAUAAUAGAGUUGAAGUAAGAUCUGUUGUUUUUAUCUCAAAAGACUUUUCCCCAUCAACCAUGGUUGCUAAAUCAGAUCUUUUAGAUGGAUCAAAAUGGAAUGAUGAAGACAUUGUAAUCAGUGGUAUAUCUGCUAGACUUCCAAACUGCGAUUCUGUCGAAGAAUUCCAGAGUAAACUUCUAUCAAAGAUCGAUUUAAUCACUGAUGAACCGAGACGAUUCCAAAAUGGGUUGUAUGGAGCUAUCAAACGUUACGGAUUACUUAAAGAUUUAUCGAAAUUUGACGCCAAAUUCUUCAACAUACAUCCAAAACAAGCUGAACGUAUGGAUCCUCAAAUUCGAGGUUUACUGGAAGUUGCAUUUGAAGCGACCGUCGAUGCAGGUUUACAUCCGGAGGAUUUGAAAGGGAGUAAGACUGGGGUUGUGGUUGGAAUUGCGUCUAGUGAAACGCAAGAUAAAUGGUCACAAAUGCCGGAUAAAAUUAAUGGUUUCGAAUAUACCGGAUGUACAAGAACAAUGUUCGCUAAUCGUGUUUCUUAUAUGCUGGAUUUAAAAGGUCCUAGUUAUUCGAUCGAUACGGCCUCUUCAACAACAUUAGUUGCUUUUCAACAAGCCUAUGAUAUGAUCAAAGAUGGAGUUUGUGAGGCAUGUUUUGUAUGCGGUACUGAUUUAGUUUUGAAUCCUUGCGUUUGCCUAAUGUUCCAGUGUCUUAAUAUGUUAUCGCCUGAAGGGAAAUGUAAAGCUUUUGAUAUCAGUGGGGAUGGCUACGUCCGCAGUGAAGGCGUUGUGGCAGUUUUAUUGCAGAAAGCCAAGAGUGCUAAACGAGUAUACGCCCAAGUUUUGGCCGCAGGUAGUAAUUGUGACGGUUAUAAAGAUGAAGGUAUUACAUUUCCAUCGGGUCCACAACAAGUCAAAUUAUUCCGAAGAGUUGCACAGCUUGCUAAUAUUGACCCAUCUACAAUCGACUUUAUGGAAGCUCACGGAUCAGCCACCAGGGUCGGUGAUCCACAAGAGAUGAACGCAGUCACGGAAGUUUUUUGUAAAAACAGAAAAGAACCAUUACGUACAGGAUCCAUCAAAUCUAACAUGGGCCAUGCUGAGCCAGCUAGUGCUUUAUCCGCAGUCAUCAAAGUAUGCGUUGCGAUGGAAUGUGGAAUUUUACCUCCUAAUUUACAUUACAAUGUUCCAAACCCCGAUAUACCCGCGUUAUUAGAUGGACGCCUUAAAGUAAUUACAGAACCUACUCCAUGGGAUGGUGGAUUAGUUGCUGUAAAUUCUUUCGGUGUAGGGGGAGCAAAUGGUCACGCAUUGCUCUUAUCCAAUAAGAAAGUGAAGCAAAAUUUCUAUGAUAAUAUUCCAAGACUUGUAUGCGUUUCUGGAGUUACUGAAAGUGCAGUUGAAACUAUGUUUCAAAAGUUAUCUUCAUUGCCAAAAGAUCCUGAAUUAUAUGCCCUUUUGAAUAACAUAUUCAGAAAGAAUAUUAGAGGUCAUGAUUUUCGUGGAUAUGUGAUAUUGGGUGGAAACGGAGAUAAAGAAAUAAAACAAAUCCAGAGAUAUUCUGAACAAAAACUGUGUUUAAUUUUACCCGGUAUUGAAGCGGAAUGGAAACCUACUGGAUCAGAUUUAUUCAAUAUAAUCGAAUUCCAAAAUUCGAUCAAUAACUGCCAAAAUGUUCUAAAAACAGUAGUAAAUAAAAUAGACUUGAGAAAAAUUUUAGAAACGUUGAAUACUGAAAAAUCAUUGCUCAAUGUGAUUCUUGGAAUAACAGCUUUACAAAUCGGUACAAUUGAUGUGCUGAAAUCCCUCAAUUUGGAAAUAGAUUUCAUAAUUGGUUUAAACAUCGGAGAGAUUGCUGCCGGGUAUGCAAAUGGAUGUUACACUUUACAGCAAGCUGUUCUAUCAGCUUUUCAUAUCGGAUCUUUAUUACAACGUUUUAACUAUCCGUCAACAAUUAUUAAAGCCGAUGUUCCAUGGAAUAAAUACCUCCCUCCUGCUGACAGUUAUGUUUUCGCCAAAAUAUCUUCACAGUGCACCUAUUUUUCCGGUCCGAAACAAUCUAUCGAUAAUUUCAACAAAACUUUAAGUUCAAGAGGAGUCAACGUGAAAGAAAUCGGCUCAAAUCCUGUAGACAUUAUUGGAAUUCUAAAAUCAUCGAAGAAUAUCUCAAAACUCACAGACGAUUUACAACUGGUUUUGUCAAAUGCUACACUACCCUCCAAAAAAUGGCUCACAUUUGCUGCUUGCGAAUCUUCGACCGUUGCUUCAUAUUUAAUUUCCAGUUUAACUUCUGCUUCUCCAAUUCAAAAAGCACUUUAUCUGGAAGAUUUUUCAUUUGGUCUAGAAGUCGGUUUCAGCGGCGAUAUUGAAGUGCUCAAAACACCGAAAAUUCCUGCCUUAUCAUUAUUUAAUGGACAAGCUGAUGCCUACAGUUUCGUGUCAUCAAUCGGAAAGAUAUUUAAUGUAGGAUUCCAACCACAAAUUCAAAAUCUAUACCCAAAAAUAGAAUUUCCAGUUUCACAUAAGACACCUAUGAUUCAGUCAAUGAUUGAAUGGGAUCAUUCAGUAAACUGGAAUGUGGUGUCAUUUGCUCCGAAAGAUAACAGAACAGCUGGUGAAAUAGAAGUUGUGGUGGACUUUGACAAAGAAGAAUUCAAAUUUUUACCUGAAAAUUAUCUAAAUAACAACGAAUUGUUUCCCAAAUCAUUCUACAUUACGUUAUUGUGGAGAGCUUUCAGUCGUUUGCAAGUGAAACCGAUUUCAGAGAUUCCCCUGGUCGUAGAAAACGUAUCUUUUGUCCGCGAAACUGUUAUUCCAGAUGAUGGUCAUGUUACGUUCUUUGUGAAUAUUAUGAAUACAACUAACAAAUUUGAAAUUUUUGAAAGUGGCAGUAUUGUUGCUAGUGGUCAUGCGUACAUACCACCAAAUGUGACGAAAGAAUUUCUGCCAAAGAAAAUUUUCCAGCAAAAUUCAUCGAACAAUUCUACUAGUGAAAUUUUCAAAACUGAUAUCUACAACGAUCUUAGUGCCAAGCACUAUAAUUUUAAUGAAGUGUUCCAGUCCCUGAAAGCAGUAAAUUAUCAAAAUAACUCAUGCAAAGUUACGCCGUCAAACUGGAAUUCAUUAUUAGAAUCUGCUCUGCAAUUCUCCAUAUUAUCGACAGAAUUCGCUGAGAAUAGUUACUCGGUGGUUUCCUUCAUCAGGAAAAUUGUUCUUGAUCCAACCAACUUCAAAAAUAACGAAGAAAUUAUUGUUAAACAUAACAACGCUUAUAACGUUUUCAACUCGGACUGCAUGGAAAUCAGAGAUAUUAAAAUCAAAACUCUAGCUUGUACGUCUGGCACUCAGCCGAAAUUAGAAGCUUAUAAAUUCGUACCUUUUGUUGGCAUGAAGCUUCAAAACGCUUGCGAUAUCAGUUUACAAAUCGCCCUUGAAAACUGGUGCGGACAAAGUGAAUUAAAAGUUGCUGAAUUAAGCUCAUACAAUACAUUCGAGUCUUUACUAUCGCCUAAAAUAGUGAAUGGAAAUCCUACAACUUCCAUUGAUAUCACAGUUUAUUCUUCGGAGCCUUUAGACAACACAGAAAAAUUGGAAAAUAAUAAUAUAAAAACUGUGUGCAAAGAUUUGACCCUCGAAUCAGUCGAUACAAAUUGCCACAUUGUAAUUGCAUCCAAUGUGCUCAGCAACUCUAAUUUAUUCGAAAACGUUAUUCAAGCUGUCAGAGCAGGAGGUUGUGUUGUACUGCAAGAAGAUAUUCAAGAGAAUGUCAAUGUUGUCGAAGACACAGAAUUAAAAUUGGUGUCUUAUUUAACGUUCCAAGAUAAAGCUUACAUCGUUCUAAAAAAAGCCAAUUUGUGGGCCGAUAAAAUGCCCUAUGUGGUUACAGUAUCAAAUGACUCGUUAGAUUGGAUUAAGAAAGUCCAACAAAUACCCGAUCAAUUAACCGAUAAUGUUUUAAUUAUCGCCAGAGGAGUUGAAACCUAUAAUGUUCUGAACUUUACCAAGAGUGUGAAAGCUGAAGUUAAAAACAAAAAUAUAAGCAUAGUUAUCAUCGAAGAUGAAACAGCUCCCAUGUUUUCUGUAACCUGCGAAAUGUAUCAUGUUCACUUGAAAAGUAACUACCCUGUGAACGUUUUCAAAAAUGGUACUUGGGGAACAUACGUAUACCUUCCUUUAUCGAAUGAUUACUACGUGCCUUGUGAUAAUGUUUAUGCGGGAUUCGAUUUCGAUAAAGAUCCUACAAGCAUUUCUUGGAUAAAAAACAUAAAUUACGCUUCCAAAAGUUCCAAAAAUAAUAAGAAUAUUUGUUGCGAGAUUUAUAGCGCUUCGCUGGAUUUACAGAGUCAAGCAUUGGUAAAAGGGAAAUUCGCAGAUGUCACGGCCGAAUCAAAACUCGGUUUAGAAUUUUCUGGAUACAAUGGUAAAGAAAAAAUCUUCGGUUUAGUGAAAGAAGGAGCCAUUGCCUCAAAUGUAAUUGCUAACGAUAACUUUGUAUGGAAUGUACCUAAAAAUUGGACUAUGGAAGAAGCAGCAACAGUUCCAUUUGCUUACGUCUUAGCUUAUUAUUCUUUAUGCUUACGAAGCGGUAUUGAGAAAGGAAAUUCUGUAUUGAUUAUUGGUGCAAACAGCAUCGCUAUAGCGUCACUCUACAUCGCUCUACAAUAUCAGCUCAACCCAUUCGUAUUAUUAACAGAUAAAUCACAAAAGUUACUCUUGAAGAAAUUAUUCCCUCAAAUUAAAGACACGCAAUUCCUCGUAUCACAAAAUGACAACUUUUACGUGCAACUAUUGCAAAAAACAGACAAUACAGGUGUCAACAUUUUGUUUGAUACUACGUUCAAUCGUGCUUAUAACGUACGAUCGUACAUUAAUUCGCUAUCUCCAAAGGGCAAACUGGUGUACUUUGAUAACGACAGCGUUUCUGAAGAAAAUUUUGGUUCCAGCGGCAAUAUGAGAUGUUUAACUUGCCAUCGUAUAACAGUUUCACGCAUAUUUGAUAAUGAUUCUGUAAUCAAACAAAUCAGCGACUUGAUGCAGAAUGGUUUGAAAUCUGGUGCCAUUCAACCCUUACCUUACACUUCAUUUGCUGGAGAUGAAUUACAAACAGCUUUAAGUCACUCAUAUGAAGGCAAUAACAUGUAUAAAACAAUAAUCAACGUUAAUUUUGAUAAAAAUUCAACGAAUACUUGCGCUAAAAUUUUCAACGCCAAACCAAGAGCUUACUUCGAUAAUUCGAAAUCUUACAUUGUUUUAGGAGGAACCACUGGAUUUGGUUUAUAUGUCACAAACUGGAUGAUUUCUCAUGGCGUUAAAAACGUAGUUCUCGUUUCGCUAGAAACCGUCGAGUCAGAAUCAGAACAUUUGAAAGAAAUCUACUUGCAUAAAUGGAAAUCUUUAAACGCUUCCGUGAUCACUUUGAAAUCGAAUGAUUUGAAUUUAAAAACAUGUGAAAAUAUUUUGAAGAAAGCUCAACAACUAGGUCCAAUCGAAGGAGUAUUUGAUUUUACCGCAUCCAAAGUUUUGGAAAAUAAAUCGAUCGACGCUUUGAACGAAAAUGACUUGAAAAAUAUAAAAGAUUACAAAAUCGAUUUCCUCAAAAACAUGGACACCCUAACACGAAAAAUUGGCCAAAAUUUGAAGUAUUUCGUUUCAUUUUCAGCAGUUGAAUUUUUAUACGGUGAUAAAGGUUAUGGCCUUAAUAGCUACAUUAAUGGGUUAAUACAAAAUGUAAUGAGAAAACGAAAAGAUACUGGUUUGUGUGCUACUUUGAUCCAUUGGGGAAACAUAGGAGAACUGGAAAAACAAAUUUUAUACGAGAAUACUAAAUCCAUAAAUUUGGCUUUCCAACCAGUCAAUUCUUGCCUGAAAACAUUGCACAAAUUUUUGGAAAAUUCUGAAAUGAUUCUGUCGUCUUACAUAAUUAACGAAAGAAGUGGAGUUGAAACGUACUCGAAAGCCGAUGCUAUUGUUGAAGGAGUUGCUAAAUUCUUAGGUAUCAAAAACCCAAGCAGUAUUCUACCAACACUGACCAUGUUGGAAUUGGGCUUGGAUUCUUUGAUAGGAACGGAUAUACAACAAUUCAUGGAAAUAAACUACGGCGUCACAUUAAGCACCCAAGAAGUCAGAGAACUAACGUUUGAAAAAUUGAGAAAUUUGGGCGAUUCUUUAUAGAUAAUGUUAGUCAAUUAUUUACCUAUUUAUAUAUUUUGUGUGGCAGUAAAAAAAAAAAAAAAUGUUAAUUCAGUAAUAUUGCCUAAAGAAUACUCAAUAUUGUACUUCGGGUAGGUAUGGUAGUUGUAUAGCAUUAAGAUGCUUUCCUUAUUAAAUAAAUGUUAGAAAAUGUUAUAAUAAAGGUAUUCUCUUUUUA